GUGAGGAAAAAAACAAAUACAACACACCAACGAAGUGCUUCUCCCAAAACGCGCAUUUCUCUACAAAGUUGCGCAUAAAACGCAGGAAAAAUACACCAUGUAUUUUCUGAGGAGUCGAGACUCGUCCUGUGGCGCGUCAUGCGCACUUCAUGGACUUCUAUUUAGGUAUGUUUGGUCAGUAUAUGGCAUAGCAGCGUGUGGAGGAGAGGAGGCAGGAGAUGACUGCUGCCCCCCUCACUUCUCCGCUAAGCCCUCAGGAGAGUGGAAGAAGUGGGACUGCGUGUGGACUGCACAAUGAACGGGUUUCUACGGUAAAUCUGAUUUGGAAACGAAUUUUUUUAAACGCGCAUUUGAACCAUGCGGACAUAGGGCUUAUUUUUAUCUGUUUGUCUUCAGUUAAGCCCUUUCGAGAGUUUCACUUAUAAGUGAUCUGAAGCCUGCUAUGGAGCACUUCGUGAGUCAAAAUGAGUCUGAGCACUGACAAUGUCACAAAGUUGUGGAAAAAUGGUUCCUCGGAACUCGACUGGGCGUCUUCUCUGGACAACUUCACCAACAGCUCUCGGGGAAACCACUCUGUGCCCAGCGAGGUGGACCUCACCCGAGCCAUCCCGCUCGGCUUGGUGCUCGGGGCUUUCAUCGUCUUUGCCAUCGCGGGCAACAUCCUCGUCAUCCUCUCUGUGAUGUGCAACAGGCACCUGCGGACCCCGACCAAUUACUUUAUCAUCAACCUGGCCAUCGCCGACUUGCUGCUUGGCACCACGGUGCUGCCGGUGUCCGCCACCCUUGAGAUCCUAGACUACUGGGUGUUCGGCAGGAUCUUCUGUGACAUCUGGGCGGCGGUGGAUGUGCUGUGCUGCACCGCGUCCAUCAUGAGCCUGUGCGUAAUAUCUAUCGACCGCUACAUUGGAGUGAGCCACCCGCUGCAGUACCCGGGUAUCGUGACGGAGAAGCGGGCUCUGCUGGCCAUGCUCGGGGUCUGGGUGCUGUCGGUGGUCAUUUCCAUCGGACCUCUACUCGGAUGGAAGCAGCCGCCGUCGCCGGACGACACGCAGUGUCCCAUCACAGAGGAACCGUUUUACGCGCUCUUUUCCUCCCUCGGCUCCUUCUACAUCCCUCUUGUCGUUAUACUAGUCAUGUACUGUCGUGUCUACAUAGUCGCCAAAAGGACCACUAAGAACUUGGAGGCAGGUGUGAUGCGCGAGAGGAUGAACUCCAGCGAGCUGACCCUGAGGAUCCACAAGGGAUCUCAGGUGCAUGAGGAUCACGGCAGUUCGGGCACCGCCAAGGGCCGUGCGAACCAGGCCAGAAGUUCCCUCACGGUGAAACUUCUGAAAUUCUCCCGGGAGAAGAAAGCAGCUAAAACUUUGGGAGUUGUGGUCGGCAUGUUUACCCUUUGCUGGUUGCCGUUCUUUCUCGCCUUACCCAUAGGGUCUUUUAAUGUGAACCUGCGCCUCCCGGAUCUCCUCUUCAAAGUGAUCUUCUGGCUCGGCUACUUCAACAGCUGCCUGAACCCCAUCAUCUACCCCUGCUACAACCGCGAGUUCAAGCUGGCCUUCAUUCGGAUCCUGAGAUGCCAGUGGCACCAGCGCAAACGUCCCGGGUGGAGGGCGUAUAAUUACCGUUCCUCCAACUUCAGCGCCUCUGGGAACUCCCGCAAAGGCUCCGCGGACCACAACUCCAGCUGCCUGAACGGAAGCCAGCGCACUCUGCCGUCCUCGGCGAGCCCGAGCCCCAGCUACCUGAGCAGGGGUCUGCAAACCUGCCCCGAGGGGGAGACGUUGUACAUCUGGGGAGCCACCACGCCGACCCCCUCCACGCCCAACCUGCUGCCCGGCAGCCCGGCAGACUGCCAGCGUGGAGGCCUGAGAGGGGAUCUAAGGGGAGGGAAAGCGUCCGAGGAGACGACUGCUGGCGUUUUCUCUUUCUCCUUCGGGAAGAAUAAAGACAAGGGAGGUGCCAACAAAGACAUCAUCAUGCCGGACGAUAACGUGUGACUUGUCGUAUCUCUUAAUUACUGAAUGAAUUCUUUUAUCGGGUUUGCAGUCAAACAGAGCAUGGAUGUAGGAUUUCACAGGUUUCACUGUACGGCCCCGUGAUCAUUCAUCAGUCAGUGGGUUGUCAUUGUGAUUAGUGGUCAGUGUGAGGUGAAGAUCGACUGCGCUGCUGUAUCACUAGUACUUUGUUCUGUGUUGCUGUAUCUGUGGUUGACAUGGACAGUUUCUUUCAGUGAACGGCGAGGGGGGCUGCGAGGUAGUCGGUCAAAAAUAUUUUGCCUCCGCCUUUAGACUGGAAAGAGACCCGCGCAUGCAUUUUGCUUUAAAGGACAAACACACAUCAUUUCAGGGAUGAUGUCCACCCGACACAGCCUUCCCUGUGGCCGUUUUAGUUCCAAUCCACUCCAAAUCUGCCUUGUAAAAAACAAAAAAAAAAAAAAACAAACAAAACAUAAGACUGAACAUGACAAAAAAAAGGACUAAAACAAGGACUCUGUUGCAGUCAUUUGAUUUUUGUGGUAUAUCGUGGAAGUAAAGUAUAACCCGUUUUCUCUGCUGUGCGCACAAUCAUUAGAUAUCAUCUUGUUUGUAUGUUUGUAGAAAUGUGAUGGAGAAAUAAAAUUAGAACGUUGCUUUUAAAUGCUGCUUCAAUGAAAACUAUUAAUCUGUCUGUUUCCCCUUUCAAAUUAACGUGGCACCAUUACGUCGUGAUGGUGAAUGGAUCUAAUGUUUGAAAUAAAAAUGGAUGUGAUUUGCUGUAUCCUGAGUGAACGGUGGACAGUUUUGAGCCUCUGAGGUAGAGAGUAAACAUUAUGUUCCACUUAGAGGACCAGACGGAAAUUAUUUUAUAUCAAUCACAUGAACAUGGGCCUUCCUGUCAAAGCCAGUCACAAGAUACCUAAAUAUAUAUACAGAUUCAUACUUUCUCCUUUACCCACUGAAUCCUGGUACAUGCCACUUAAGCAUUCACUCUUGCAGUGGUUUAUUUUGACAACAAAUAAUUCCAUCUCUUACUAAGCAGACACACCCUGCAUUUGGGUGCAAUCUGAAACACCUUUGUCCAGUGUCCAUUUUUAGUCUCAGUAGCAAAGCACUGGACCACAGAGUGCAACCAAGACAUUGUGGCCAUGCUACUCUGUUAGGUUUUUCCCAGCACAUAUGCUCAGACGCCUCCUGCUGUGUCCAGUAGUACAGACCUUUAGGUCAGUACUGCUGGAGUUAAGGCUGCCGGCCCAAGGAAAAUACCCUUUUAACACACAAGUCCAGAAACAACUGUGAUGGAUCCACGCAAUUGCUUCAAAUGAAUCUGGAAAGCCAAGAUGGCUGACCAUUCAGGGGAAGUCCCACUGCAAAAGGAGAAAUACAGGACCUCUGCUCCAUUUCCUGUGAGCUUAAGAACUACGUAUAACCAUGUUAGACAGUGGGAUUCUUGAAAGCUAACAGCAGGUUCAGACUCCUCAUGCUGUGGUAAGCAAAUAGCUGUUACCCUAGUAGAGACCACUUCAAAAUAUAUUUUUUUUAUUAGUCUUCUUUGGAACAAGGCAUAUUUUGUUUUACCAUAAUGAGCCAAUAGCAAACCCAUCCAUCCCCCACAAUUUUUGGAGAGAGAUGGAAUCAGUCCCCUGAGCGUAGGACAUGAUCGAACUAUUGACGUUAAAUAUGAAAGAGCAAAGAAUGUGGUUGGUUGGGAGUCAUUGAGUGAGCUCUUCCACUUCGGAGGUUUAUAGUUUGUUAGUUCAAAAGUAUUUUUAGCAUUGGCUUAAAGCCUUGACUUUUAAAGAGCGUUGGUCCACGGCAGUCCAGCUCAAACUUUGCUAAAAUUAGCAAGCAAUAGAAAAGUUUGUGGGGGAAAAAAGACUGUACAAAAUACUUGCAAUUAUAAAUUAUAAUCGAUAAAACUAGAAAGGGCAAGAGUAGCUCUAGAGAAAACUGGUAAGUUUUGAGCAUGUGAAGACAAUGUUAAAGAUAAAGUAGCUCACAGCAUGUUCCCUCGCCUCUUGUCAUCAAGUCAUAAAAGCUCUGCAGGACAGGCUUUAAUUUAUGCUUCCUGAGGAAUACAUAGAAGCUUAAAUAUUAAAUACAGCCUCAAUCCACACGAACAGAACGGCCUUUUCUUUAGCAUUUUUGGACACUUCACAUACGCACACUGAAAUCACUGCUGUCCAUACAACCACAGUGGGGUUUACACAAAGCUGCUCAGUUUUAUUUUUAAGCUGUUCACUUGGUGCACUUUUGACAGAAUGCUUCCUUUUUUUUGAAAUCAUAUGGGUGAUCUGCAAUGUAAUAGAACACCUGCUAGCUUAACACCUGCUGUACUGUGUAGACACCGACCAGAGGAACUGUUGCUCUGCUAAUGCGGAGCUCAUGCUAUACUUUCCAUCUUAGAAGUGAGCUUUUCUUGUUAAGGUAAAGGCUCAAAGCUCUGCCUUAAAGCAUAUACCUUAAAGUGUAACACAUAUACUAAAAUGCUUUUAAUUAAUUAGUUAGUUAAAUGACCAGUGUGAUCAAAAGCAACGACUACGCCGAGCACAACUCAUUUCCCUUUGAGACAAACAUUUCCUGCAAAGCAAUUUCAAAUUUCAUGAAAAUCAAGGCAACAGCCCGAGGUCUCUGGAGGUGUUAAUUCAAAGCUCAGCAGCGCUGUUUGUAACUUUUUCACUUGACUUGAAGUUAAAAUCUCAAUGCAAAAUGUAACACUGGUUUCAAAGUUUGCAUCAUUACGUGCCACGUCAGGGGAAUCAUAAGCUAAGUGACAUGAUCUGCAUUAAAAAAACAAAAAAAAAAAACAUUUUACCUAACAAAUGCUUCCACAGUAGACCUUAAUGACCCCUGUACUUCUUAGAUUUUAACAUUCCUCUACACCCAUAACUGAGGGCGCAUGAUUCUCGGUUUGACUUAACACGCUGCUUCAAUAUGUUUGAGAUAUUUAAUUUAUGUCAAGAUGCUAAAGUUGUCAUUUGACUUUACCGGUGGGUGGAGGGGUCCUUCGUCAGCUGCUGGAAUCAUUAUGUGGAUUUGGCAAAAGCAGGAGGCCAAGGUCUUAAAUACAGGAACAGACUAAUGAGGCUGUACCAAGUACACACCACAACGGGGGGGUUCAGGUUAUUUAAGUUUGUGUAUUUUGGGGCUUUUGUUAGAUCAAAUGUUGGAAUUUAAAUGCUUUUGUGUUUGAUUAAAUAUAUUUAUCUCACUUUA